AUGGGCACUGCUUGCUCGACGGGUUACCGCUGCCAUCCAACAACAACUACGCAGCUGCAGCUGGAGUAUGUGCACGAGAUGUAUUACCCCAUGAAUGUGGUCAAGGUGUCCGAUAUUUUGCAGAUGGACAAUGUUCCGCUGCCACACAUGGAACUUGAGAAACUUGGUUUGCUUCACACCUGGUGCCAUGGCAUGUUCACAAUUUUCAUAUCUCACCAAUGGUUGGGAGCAGCUCAUCCAGACCCUGGUGGUCGGCAGUUUGCCAUCUUGCGCGAUACACUUCGAGGCAUUGUCGAUGGAUCCCUGGAAGUGGAGGCAGAUCCGAUUACAGUGAUGAAUGCGAGCUUGGAGAAGGUUGAUGCCGAAACGCGUAAGGCGGUGUGCAAUGGAUACGUGUUCCUGGAUUGGUUUGCGAUACCGCACAUCACCGCGCGUAUGCGGGAAGACCAAACACAGUCGCAAGGCUUGCUGGCGGUCCGAAGCAUUCCGGUCUAUGUGGAGGUUGCGGACCUGUUCGUAGCGCUUGUCCCGAAUUUGACGCGAGAGAAUGGCAGCAUCUGCAACUAUAGUUCAUGGCUGUCGAGGGGCUGGUGCAUUGCGGAGCUCUGGUGCCGCCUUUUAUCCUGCAAGCGGAACACCAGUGUGAUCGUCGUGCAUUGUCCCAGCGAGGUGAAAUUCAUUCACCCCUUUGACUGGCAGGCGAACCGCAUCUGCGAUGGCGAGUUUACGGUUGAGGAGGAUCGGGCCGAGGUGUCCCAGCUCGGUGCUGUAGCCCUGGCACGCAAGAUGGCUUUUUUGGCCAGCCACGGCAUGUGGGACGUGUACCGCUUCUUCGUUGCACAACGCCCCAUGAUGUUGGGCCAGAAGAGCACAGCACGCAGCUUGGAAACCUUCCUCGACGACUUUCGUUUUGAUAACUUGGAGCACACACGGGCCAAGCUCGGCAUGAACGGCGUGAUGUGCGCAGCUUUCUCGGAAGACAUCGGAAUGUUGCGACAACUUGUAGAGACUCCGGCUGAUGUCAACUUCAAAGUGAAAGGUCUCCUCGAACUGGGUUUCUUCGAUGGGCAGCCAGCAUUGGGAUUGAUUGCCAAAUCGUGUUCGGUCCAGGUGCUCUCUACCUUUCUCGAACUUGGCGCAGAUGUGAAUGCACAAGAUCGGAAUGGGGUGACUCCCAUUGGCAUGGUAAGAUCCUCGGAGCACCUGCAUGUAUUGGCUGAAUUCGGCGCUGACUUGCAUUCGCCAGUCUUCCCACUGGGGCUGUCGCCCAUAGCUCUGGUCAUGUCGCAUGCUUGCCCACGAACGAUUGAAGCGAUGCUUUCUCUGAAGUGUGACCCGAACCCAAAGAUUCAUGGUCUCGGGUAUGGGCCGCUUCAUGCAAUAACUGCCUUUUCUCGGGAGAACGGGCAUGCAGCAGACAUUGCACGACUCCUGCUUGCACACGGUGCAAAUUUGAAUUUCAAAGCGCAUCCCGACGGCGUUUUCAAGGCGAUCACGUACGGAGCCCGUGCUUACUUCGCCUUUGUCAGGAUGGAGUGCAGUUCGCUGAUGAGUGUCAAGGUAUUAGCGUCUUUGCCCGGCCUGACACCCGUAGCGUUCGCUGCUCUGCUCGGUAGCACUGCGUUGGUUCAGAUUUUCAUGGAAGCCGGAGCAGAGAUGGUUGCCAAUCACCGUGGUGACUUCCCAGACGAUCUGGCGAGAGCCAACCUCCAUCACGACUUGGCGACAGCAUUCUCCUUCUUCAGCAUCUGA